CGACUAAAACCCGCCGCAAAGUCGCAAACUCGAGUUCGUUGCAGUCUUCCUGUGGUUGUUUAGCUGUUUAUUACACACAGUUCUCUUUUAAGAUCAAGCAAGGAUAAAAUAGCAAUGGUUUCUCUAUGGGCUUGGGCAUUUGGCGGCGUUCUCUCGAAGUUCUUCCACCUCGGACUCACCCGCCGUACAAUCUUCGACGAAGCUCCUAGUGUUCUUCUUCUCACCACCGGUUUGUUUGCCGGCUCGUUUGCCGGUGCCGGGUACGUGCUCCAGGAUAUCGCGGGUAACCGGAUGGAGUUGCUUCAGAGGAUAUUUCAGGGCGGCGGGUGGUUCUUAGCAUGCAUUGUACAGUCACACCAUUCUACAUCAAAGAUGGAUGCAAGAGCUCCUCUUUUCAUUUAUUUUAUUGUAUUUUUCGGAGUUUUUAUUUAUGCUAUCUCGGCGACCUUAAUCAUACAGUGUGAUUUUAUUGGGUUUCGGUAUGACAUUGGUAUAUCGUGAGCUGCAGUUAUUCUCAACAACUGCUGCUGUAUACUUUUCCAGGAUAUCUGGUGAACGAGGACGGACUUUUUUCUUGAUUCGGCAAUACG